AUGUCAACAUUAAGAAGUAGUACAUUUCAACUAGAACAACCUGACUUUAUUGGAGAUGAACGUCCUAUGCCAAAAACUCCAAGGACGAUGACAAGUAUUUCAAAAGGAAAGAUAGAUAUGAGUGGAAGAAAACCAUUACCGAAGGGGAAGAUGGGAAGAUCUACUGUUGCAACGAUAGCGAAGUAUCAAGACAUUGAAGUAGAAAAUCCAGAUAAAUCAUACAAUGAAGAUAAAGAAUGGAAAAAUGAAGAUACGAGUCAAUGGAUUGUAAUUAAAAAGAAUAAAAAUAUACAAAUGAAAUUAAACUUUUUAAUGGAUAGGUCAUGUAAAGUUAAACAAGAUCUUAAAUCAAAAAGAAAUGUAUUAAUGUCUGAAAUGAGAAAAGUUCCAGGUCUUAUUAUUAAUGAACUUAUUCAAUAUUACUAUGAACCACAUCAACAUGAUUUAACUACUGAUACAGAAGAUUUUGAUUUGUAUGAAAAAAUGAAAACAUUUCAAAUGGAUGAUAAACAUAGACUUCAUUAUAAAAAUGUAGUUAAUGAAUUAGUUAAUACAGAGAAAACAUAUAUCCAAGGAUUAGAUAUUAUAAUAGAUGUAUAUCUUGAUACAUUAAUUGGUUCAUCAAAAAAAUUAGCAAAAGAAUUAACUCCAAUUAAAGAUCAAAUUAGUUUAAUAUUACAUUCACAUCAAGAACUUUUAAAAGAACUUUUAGGUGCCUUAAUAAAAAAUGGGGAAUGUCCUUUAAUUGGUGAUAUUAUUGUUAAAUUCUCUCCAUCAUUAGAAGAUUGUGCAAAAUAUAUAUUUAAUUAUCCUGCAUAUUUAGAAAAGAUUACAUCAAUUAUGGAUAGUUCUGCUAUUUCUCUUACUUCUAAAAAAGCAGAAGAUUAUAAAAAUUCACAUCAAAAUUGUUAUGUACAAAAUGUUCAACAAUAUUUAAUUACUCCUAUUCAAAGAAUUCCUAGGUAUGUACUUUUAAUAUCUGAUUUAUUAAGAAAUAUCUCUAUGUUAUUUGGUGAUGCUCCAAGACUUAUUGAAGCUCAUAAGGCUAUUAAAAAAGUAGCUACAACAAUUAAUGAAAAAGGACACGAAUAUGAAGCUGAUGAAAAAUUGGCAUUUGUAAAAACAUUACUUACUAAUUUUACUCCUAAAGAAAUUAAAAGAGAAUUUAUUUGUUGUGGACCUAUGUAUGUUGUAAACGAUAGAGUUUCUUUACCGACUGUUUGGAAAUAUUUCUUUUUAUUUAGUGAUAUUCUUGUUGUUACUGAAGUUAUUCAAUUACAAGGAAAAAGUAUUAAAGAUAGAACAGAAACUUUGUUUGAAUCAUUAUUAAGAAUUCCUGAAUUAAAAGAUCUCCAUGACUCUAAAUUUGAAGUAGAACAAAUUAUUAGAUUUUAUAAUGAUACUACAGUUGAAGUAGAAGAAGAUACUAAAUUUGUUCAUAAUAUGUUUACAAUCAAAGAAAAUAAUAAUGACUUACUCUCUGAAACAAUUUCAUUGGCUUCUACAAUGAGUGAUUGUUCUAUUGCUUGGUUUACUGCAAUUAAGUCAGUUUUAAAACAUUUUAUGACAUCAGAAGAUUAA